UCCGCCGCGCGAUGCGGGACGACGACGAACGGGUGCUGGACGCGGAGCAGUGGCGGCUGGAGGCCCAGGCGGUGAUCGACGACGUGCGGAAGCACGUGCGGGACCUGAGGGUGUCCGAGCGGCUGACCAGCACGAACCAGGUCAUCUACCUGAACCUGAUCACGCUCGAGGGCCUGCGGUUCUGCGUGGAACUGUCGGCCGCCGGCUUCGCCAUCGUCGGCAAUCGGCACGACGACACGUCGAACGCCGGCAACGAGCGCUUCGAGACGCCCUACGGUCUCCUGGACUUCGUCAGUCCGCGGUACAGGGAAUCCUUCGGGAACGCGCUGCUGGACAAGCUGAAGGGGCUGAGCGACGAACGAUAGAUUUCCGAGAGAUGAAACAUAAACAAGAAAGGGGAGCAACGCCGCGUUUUCCUGGUUUCCGCUUAGAUUAGGCCAAGAGUUUUAGAGCUUAUGGACUGCUUUAUUAUUAUUAUUUGGACGCGAGCCCAGGGAGCAUCUCUAAGCGCCGCGACGAUGCAUUUGGGAUCGCACUCUUCAGCUCGUCACAAUCGGCGCUUAUAAUUAUAAUCGCGUGAUCGCAUUCUCGAUAAGUGAACUGCGAAAUCGUUCGAGUUUAAAAGAAAAACUUGACGCUUUAUUAAAAGAGGAAAGAGACAUUGCGAGGCGAGCUCUUUGCGAGAGAAAUCUAUUGUUGAUUUGUCGUCUUUGUCUUUCUUUGCGUUUCCAGUUGUAAGUUUGCUUUGUUUGUAAAAACAGGAGUUGUAACAGCUGUUUUACUUUGUAAUUUCGCUCCGUAAUGGACUCCGUAAUACGACGACAGAAAGAACAGAAAGAAAUGAAAGAGACUAAAGUUUUUAAAAAUACGAUACGCAUUUCUACUCAAAUAUCGCAAACUUUUCAAAUAUU